CCCGCUGUGCUCAUCUUCCUGCUGUACGUGAUGAUCGCGCACGACCUGGUUUGCGGCUUGAUGCAACACCGCAGACAGAGCGCCAGACCCAGAAAACCCGCAGCUGGACCUUUGUUGCGCUCAAGAACCCGGGCGGGUCAGGGGGUUCUGAGGACGACCAGCCGAGGAGGGAGAGACCCGAGGAAGACUGGACGGAUCGUGAGGAAAGCGUAACAAAGACAAAAGCUAAUCUGACGGAAACUGAACGUCCAGCAGCUUCUGCGCUCUAAUUGUGUUCAGUGAGCUGCGAGACUCUCAGCUCAGCAAACAGCAGUCACUCGGCAUCAGCAGAAGGCCUCACAGGAAACCAUGGCGACGGUAUCCAGCAGCUCGCUGCUCAACAAGGCGGUCCGGCAGCAGUACAUGAACCUGCCUCAGGGCGGGAAGUGCCAGGUCACCUACAUCUGGGUGGACGGCACCGGAGAGGGGCUGCGCAACAAGACCAGGACCCUGGACUCAGAACCAACCAGCAUCGACGAAAUCCCAGAGUGGAACUUCGACGGGUCGAGCACCUACCAGUCCGAAGGCUCCAACAGCGACAUGUACCUCAUCCCAGUCCGCAUGUUCAGGGAUCCCUUCACCCUUGACCCCAAUAAACUCGUCCUCUGUGAGGUCCUCAAAUACAACCGCCUUCCUGCCGAAACCAACUAUCGCCACAGCUGCAACCGAGUGAUGCAGCAGGUGAAGGAGCACUACUUGUGGUUCGGCAUGGAGCAGGAAUACACCCUGCUGGGGACCGAUGGACAUCCGUUCAGCUGGCCUUCAAACGGAUUCCCAGCACCACAAGGCCCGUAUUACUGCAGCGUCGGAGCGAACCACGCGUACGGACGGGACGUCGUGGAGUGUCACUACAAAGCCUGCCUCUACGCCGGCGUCCAGAUCUGUGGCACCAACGCUGAAGUCAUGCCGUCUCAGUGGGAGUUCCAGGUGGGUCCCUGUGAAGGCAUUGAGAUGGGCGACCAUCUUUGGGUGGCGCGCUUCCUGCUGCAUCGUGUGUGUGAAGACUUUGGGAUCAUCGCCACCCUGGACCCCAAACCGAUAACAGGCAACUGGAACGGCGCUGGCUGCCACACCAAUGUCAGCACCCAGCAGAUGAGGGAAGAAGAAGGACUGCAGUACAUUGAGAAGGCCAUUAGCAAGCUGAGCAAAACGCACAAGCAGCACAUCGCGGUGUACGACCCGCAUGGCGGAAAGGACAACAUGCGGCGCCUCACGGGUCUGCACGAAACCUCCAGCAUCAACGACUUCUCCGCCGGCGUCGCCAACCGCGGCGCCAGCAUCCGCAUCCCGCGGCAGGUGGGCAAGGACAAGCGGGGCUACUUCGAGGACCGCCGUCCUGCAGCGAACUGCGACCCCUACGCAGUUACCAUGGCGAUCGCUCAAACCUGCUUCCUCGAUCCAACGGAAGAAGAGAGCAAGAAGGAGGAGUCAGCUUAGGCUGCGUUCAGACAGCAGAGUGAAGUGACACAAAUAUGAUUGUUGUUUGACUUACAGGUGUUCAAAGUGCGGUCCGUGGGCCAUUUAUGGCCCCUGGACUGGUUUUGUGCGGCCCCAAUCGGCAUUUAAAAGAUUAUACAAAUUUGGCUGAUAGAUGCAGAUGGAGACUUUUAAUUUGUAAUGAGGGUAAAAUGAUUAAGGAUAUAAAUUUAUACAAUGGAGAAUGAAACGUAAAACACAAAGUGUUUCUGUUUUAUAACAAACCAUGUUUGCCUACAGUCUUUUACUGAAAAGGCAACCAAAUUAGCUUUAAUUUAAUUUAAUUUUUAUCUGUUUCUGGUUGGGAGUUUUUUUCCAAAGGUGUCGGAACAGAAGUGAAAUGUAUGUUAUAUCGGUUAUCAAUAUUAAAAGAAAUAUUGAUAUCGGAUAUCUAUAUCGGCCCAAGCGUUUGUAUCGUGCAUUCCUAAUUUAAUUUGUUAAACUUGACGAAAUAUAGCAAAUGUUUUGAAAAAUAAAUCACCCAAAUCUUGUUCUUAUUACUGAAAAUACAUUUGUUCAAUCAAGCCAAAACGAAACGGGAAAUUAGAUGCUUUUCUUUAAAUACAGCAAACAUAAAAAAUCUACAAUGGCGCAUUAGAAAAAAGGAAAAAAGGAAGAGUACGUUUCCAAAACAGAAACUUUGAAAUUUUGAGAGUAAUCUGAGAAAUUUUCUCCCAAAAACUUGGAAAUAUUGAAGUUCUCAAACUCGGAUUCAAAAAAGUUGAAAGCUUUUGACAUUUUUUUCUAGAAAAUUUAUGAGCCAUCUCAAAAUUAGAUUUUUUUGUAAUUUGUAGCUAAUUUUACACUUUUGAAAUUCAGAAAAUAUCCAAAAGUUUGAGAUUUCUAGGAAAUUUCUGAGAUUAAUCUCAAAAUCUAUGAACAAUUUGUCUAGCAAAUUUGCAACUUUUCCUCCGUUUUUUCCAGAAUGUUUAUGAAAAUUUACUCCCUUUAUUUGUUUGUUUGUUAAAAUACAACGGCUCUAAUACGCCAUCGUAAAAAUUUCUUUCUAGUUUUGGGUCUAUAAUAAAUAUCCAUUUUGAAAAAAACCCUAAAAAAUCUGACUAUUUUCCAUCCAUCCAUUUUCUUCGGGUCGCCGGGGGCAACAGCUAUAGGUUUUAUUUGCUUAAUUUUAGGUUGUUGGGUAAAAAAACAACGACUUUUUUUAAAAUCAGGCUUUUAAUGUUGAUCUAUCACAUAAAAUCCCAUUAAAAUGAAUGACAUUUUAUUUUAAUAAAACUUAAAGCUUUGAAUGCAUUUAGAAAAUUCUGUCAGCCAAAACGAUACAAACACUAAACAUGUUUAACCUGACCCCAAAUAGACAAAAACAGUGAAAAAGAGGCAUGGAAUGAAAAUAAAAUAAUAACAAAUUUCAUCCAAAUGCACUGAAAAAACUUGAUGGUGGCAAAAAUGCACAAAAAUCUAACAGAGUCUAAUAAUAAUUAGAAGAAGAAAAAGAAAACAAACGGAGCAGGAAAACGUGGAGCAUGAAAAUAACUAAAACCAAUGCAAAUGAUUCAUAAAGAGGAUCUGAAAACAAAGGUGCAAACCAAAUGAGCAUGCAAAGUGGAUUUGAAUGGACGCAAUGAGAAACAGAUGAGAAAGAGUAGAAAUGUAAACAGAAUUAGAUUUAUUUAUUGUUUUAGUGUCUCUUCCUGUAAGCAGCCAUUUUUGUUUUAAAUGUAAACGGUAAUCAUAGAAGAAGAGCUUGAAUUAGAUGUUUGUGUUUGUAUUGUCACAAAAUAUGUGUUCAUAUGUUAAACUUUACGUUUUCCUGUCUGAAGUGGGUUAAAAGUGAAUUGGUUAUUAUUUUGUUUCUUUGUCUCUGUACAAAACAAAUAAGAAUCCAUUAAAAGUUUGGCUAAA